AUGAGCGCCAUUCUCUCAGCAGAUGACCUCAACGACUUUAUUUCUCCCGGUGUGGCUUGCAUAAAGCCCGUCGAGACACUGCCGAAAAAGGAUCCAGCUAGUUCAGAGAAUCCGUACGAAGUGACGACGGAAGACAAGGUCCAACCCGAGAAUUUACCACCAGCACAGAUAUCCUUGACUGAUUGCCUGGCAUGUUCUGGCUGCGUCACCUCUGCAGAGGCAGUCCUGAUUUCGUUGCAAUCGCACGCGGAGGUCUUGAAUACGCUUGAUGCCCAUCCCGCGACACCCUUGACCAUCCAAGAUGACGGGCAUGUGAAUCUAAAGGAUGCAGUUCCCAAGGAAGGAAAGAUAUUCGUUGCGAGCGUUAGCCCCCAAGUCAGGGCCAGCCUAGCUGCAACAUAUGGGAUUUCGGAGCGAAAAGCUGGAUACAUGAUCGACCAAUUCCUCCGCGGCCCUCAUGGUUUGCGCGCUGGCGGCAAACAUGGCAAUGGUUUCACCUGGGUGGUCGACACUAAUAUCAUCCGUCAAGCUGUUCUGGCACUUACUGCGGAGGAGGUGCGAGAGUCAUUAGAAAGUGCGAACUCGACCACUGCAGAUACUUCUCGAUUUCCAGUCCCAAAACGACCUAUUCUGUCAUCUGCGUGUCCUGGUUGGAUAUGCUACGCCGAAAAGACACAUCCACACGUUCUGCCUCAUCUAUCACGUCUGAAGUCACCACAGGCUCUGGCCGGCACAUUCCUCAAGACACUGUUGAGUCGCCUUCUCGACAUACCUCCGUCUCAGAUCUGGCAUUUGGCGAUCAUGCCCUGUUUCGAUAAGAAAUUAGAGGCGAGCCGUGAAGAACUGACUGACAUGACGUGGCAGUCUGAAGACGGCCUGGCGCAUUCAGAGAAACAGUCUGCCACUCGAGACGUCGACUGCGUGAUAACCGCGCGGGAGCUUCUCACGUUAGCAUCAUCCAGAGGGAUCUCUCUUCCAGCAUUGCCACUCAAACCUUUAUCUUCGACAUUUGCGCCUCAUUUUCCAGAUAAGACCGUUGAUUCUUUUCUCUCGUCUCGCUCGCCAUUUUCCAAGCAGACAUCCGCCUUUGGCACUUCCGGUGGCUAUCUCCAUUACGUUCUGACCAGUUACCAAUCUCGUCACCCGAACAGUCAAAUUGUGACUCAGCGGGGCCGCAACUCGGAUGUCGUGGAGUACACUUUGGUAUCUGAAACUGGUGAACCGAUAUUGAAAGCUGCACGUUACUACGGUUUCAGGAAUAUCCAAAAUCUUGUCCGAAAAUUGAAACCUGCGCGCACCUCACGAUUGCCGGGAGCAAAGACCAUGACGGGCCCAGCCGCAGCUCGACGUGGUGGCUCUGGCUCCGGAGCUGGUGCGGGUUCAGGGCUUGAUUAUGCCUACGUGGAAGUGAUGGCUUGCCCUGGUGGUUGUACAAAUGGCGGCGGGCAGAUCCGGAUUGAAGACGCCCGCGAAGCGAAUUCUGCACUCCAGUCUUCAUCGUCAGAUUCAACGUUUGACCAGCCGCAGAAACCGUCGCCACAUGAGCAGCGGGCCUGGCUUGCCCGCGUCGAUGAAGCAUACUUCUCUGCAGAUUCCGAGUCGGAUGAUUCUGAAGAUGCAGUUUUGCAAGAAUCUAUCCUUGACAUGGAGUCGCGAGUGCAUGGCAUAAUGAACUACUGGUCCCGUACGAGUGGGACUCCGCUGGACAAACUGGUCUAUACAACAUAUCGUAAAGUUGAAAGCGAUGUGGGUAAGAAUAAAAAUGUGGGAGAGACAGCCCGUGUCGUCGAGCUUGCUGGCAAGAUCGGCGGCGGCUGGUGA